CAAGAACAGGAAGUACUGAUGAGUAGUAGGGGCUUAACAUGAGAAGCUAAGUAGUAUCUGGCUAAAUUAUAUCAAAGAGACAAGGGUUUUACAUGUCGCCGUCAUGUUUGCGUAUUUCGUAACACUUGCAGGCACUUGACAGCCAGUUUAUAGACCGUACACUUGUGUAUAUUUCAACUAGUGCGCUGUUAGCGGUGCCGUUUAUGCGGCUAUCUGACCCUAGCUUGUUAGCCAAACGUCAUUUAGCUUACACCUGAAGCCAAACAGCCAAUUUCCAAACAGCCAGUGUUUGCUCUGCUAGCUAAGCAUUGCAUUGGAACUUGUAAGCUUGUGAGACAGCUGCAUUUUGUGACCGAGAGCUUGUAAGGUUCCGUUUUGUUGAGUAUGUGCAUCGGUUUAUUUAUACAACUUACCUUAGUGUGACUUAACUGUCACCGAAUGUUUGGAGGUAGAAAUAGCAGCAGCUACAGCUAGCAGAUUGUUAGCUUGUCACCAGCAACAAUGGGCUAUAAAGGAGGUUUUACAAAGGCACUAAGGUUUUAUUGUUUGACAGUUCUCUUGUUAGUCUUCGUCCAAGGAGUAACAGCUGAUGAGGAUCAACACGGGAAUGACGUGCCGCAGCUAAAGUCCUAUAAUGAGGCAGACUCUGAGGAGGAAGACAUGCACCUGCAGUCAGAAAUAGCAGCAGAUGAUUCUGUGACCUCUGUUCAUGAAGUCGACCAGUCUGAAGCAGACCAACAGUCACCAGAGGAUGGACUGGAAGGAGAGGAGAAGGAGGACCUCCCUGAGCAGCCACCUCCAGUUGAGGAGAAACCUAAAGAGGUCCCUCUGGUGAAUGGAGGCACAGCCCACGGCGAGCCCUGCAUCUUCCCCUUCCUUUUCCAGGGGAAGGAGUACUCAGAUUGUACCACUGAUGGGCGUGGAGAUGGGCGACUAUGGUGCGCUACAACCUACGACUAUGACCAGGAAAAGAAGUGGGGUUUCUGUGAGACGGAGGAGCAGGCGCAGCAGAGACUACAGGCAGAGGAGGCUGAAGAACAAUAUCAGACCGUCUUGCGCAUGCUUAAUGCUACCACCAGGAAAUCCCAGAAGAAAGAAUUAUAUGAAAAGCUGCUUAAAGUAGCAGAGAAAGGCCACCAGAAAGCCAUGGAGAAGGUAGCUUAUGCCAUGUUGUUUGGAGACUACAUGAACCAGAACAUCACCAAGGCCAAAGAAAUGUUUGAGAAGCUUGCAAUGGAGGGUUCACCCAAAGCUCAGACGGCUCUUGGCUUUCUGUAUGCUGCAGGACUUGGAGUUAAUUCAAGUCAAGCUAAGGCCCUGGUUUAUUACACAUUUGGGGCACUAGGUGGAAACAUGAUAGCUCAUAUGAUUCUGGGGUACAGAUACUUGGGGGGUGUAGGUGUACCCCAGAGCUGUGAGUCAGCACUUACCCACUACAGGCUCGUGGCAAAUCAAGUGGCCAGUGACGUGUCGCUGACAGGAGGCUCAGCCGUGCAGAAGAUCAGGCUACUGGACGAGGUGGAGAACCCAGGGUCCACCAGUGGGAUGUUGGAAGAAGACCUCAUUCAGUACUACCAGUUUUUAGCAGAGAAAGGAGAUGUGCAAGCUCAGGUGGGACUCGGUCAGCUACACCUCCACGGAGGACGAGGAGUAGAGCAAAAUCACCAGAGGGCAUAUGACUACUUCAAUCAGGCAGCAAAUGCAGGGAACACACACGCUAUGGCUUUCCUUGGAAAGAUGUACUCAGAAGGCAGUGAGUUUCUUCCCCAGAACAAUGAAACCGCCCUGCAGUACUUCAAAAAGGCAUCUGAUCUGGGUAAUCCAGUGGGACAGAGUGGGCUUGGCAUGGCCUACUUAUAUGGAAGAGGUGUCCAAGUGAACUAUGAGCUGGCACUGAAGUAUUUCCAGAAGGCAGCUGAGCAGGGCUGGGUGGACGGACAGCUUCAGCUUGGAACCAUGUAUUACAACGGCAUCGGGGUGAAGCGGGAUUACAAGCAGGCCCUCAAGUUCUUCAACCUUGCCUCGCAGGCAGGUCACAUCCUGGCUUUCUAUAACUUGGCCCAGAUGCACGCCACCGGCACCGGUGUGAUGCGCUCCUGCCACACUGCUGUGGAGCUUUUCAAGAACGUGUGCGAGCGCGGCCGUUGGUCAGAGCGUCUGAUGACGGCCUACAGCAGCUUUAAGGAAGGAGAGACCGAUGCAGCUUUGGUGCAGUACCUGUUACUGGCCGAGCAGGGAUACGAGGUGGCCCAGAGCAACGUGGCCUUCAUUCUGGACCAGAAGGGAGCACAAAUCUUCAGUGAGAAUGAGACCUACCCUCGGGCUUUGCUUCACUGGACAAGAGCUGCAGCUCAGGGUUACACUGUGGCGAGGAUAAAACUAGGCGACUACCAUUUUUAUGGCUAUGGAACCGAUGUGGAUUAUGAAACAGCUGUGAUCCACUACAGACUGGCCUCAGAGCAGCAGCACAGUGCCCAGGCCCUGUUUAACCUGGGCUACAUGCACGAGAAAGGCCUGGGUAUCAAACAGGAUAUUCAUCUAGCUAAACGUUUCUACGACAUGGCUGCUGAAAACAGUCCUGAUGCCCAGGUGCCAGUUUUUCUGGCCCUGUGUAAGCUGGGUCUGAUUUACACACUGCAGUACCUGCACGAUCUUAAUUUGAAGGAGUUGAUUUCUCAGGUGGAUUUGGACCAGCUUCUGGGUCCAGAGUGGGACCUCUACCUCAUGACGGUCAUCGCCCUGCUGCUGGGUACAGUCAUCGCCUACCGGCAACGCCAACACCAAAUCAUAGUCCCCCCGCGGCCGCCCGCCCCCGCCCCCGCCCCCGCCCCUGCUCCCCCACCCAGACCGCCGCAGGAGCAGCCCCCAGCUGAACCUCAGGGUCAAGCAGAAACACAGGGUCAGGCUGCCCAGGACGGAGAGGAGCAGCAGUGAGAGGAGGCCAGAUGGAGCGAAGGCAGUAAGGGACAGACGAAGGCUCUGCCAGGCCACCACAUGGAGCAGCUGCUGCCUACAAACCCAGGACCUGCUAGUUUAAGCACUGCUUCGACUCUGCCCGCUCCGCUUCAUGUGCUCACCAGACUAAGAUGGCUCCUGAACUGUUCAGUCUCACAACUCCUUUUCUCUAUUUAAAAUAUGUGCUGAAAGCAAAACAGCGGGGGCGUUCAUGGACUAAGCUAUAGGCGAGAGUUGAAAGGAUACCGCAGACGUGGGACUUGAAGGAUGCUGCCAGAAGCAUGAGUGUCCUUAUGGAAUUAGCCUUUCUGUUGCCAGAUCAGAGACGUUGAAACUUGACUAAUCAGCAAGUAGUUGGAAUCUGAGAUGUGCAUUAGUUUCUUGUCACUCCCCAGAUUUGAGAAAAUGACAUUGCUUCAAUCCUUAUUUUGUGCAUUUCUAACUUAAAUUUGGGCUGGAAAAUGUGAAUUAAUUUUAUUUGCUAGUCCUGGUUCUGCUGAUAUAAAGUAAUUUUGCAUGUUUUUGACUAUUUUACAGACUUUGAUUUAGACAGUGAGUGAAAAAAAAUUAUGAUUUUUGCAUAGCAGUUCUGCAUUCAUUAGUUCGUUGUUUUUAGGUCAGUACCUUUACAUACCUGCCAUGCUCUGAGUUCAGCAUUAGUUGAUAGUGCUAAAAUAACUCCCCCUAAAGCCAAGUGAUGUCAGCAGAAAGAGAGCCAAGAUUGUCUUAAAUGGUUUAUCCAUUUUUGCAGGACUGGAUGCUCAUUAUAUGUUAGAUAAAUAAUUUAUGCACACAGGUUGUUGAUUGUUAUUGUUUGUAAAAUGACAGGCACAGAAGUAGUCGGUGGAAACUGAACUGUCACCAAAAUACCAGAUGUACCUGUUUGAUCACUCAACAACAGGUUUACAGACUUUUAAGGGCCAAUGUCAGUGAAAACCAACAUACAAGUGAAUGGAAAUGGAGAUGUAAUUAUUUUUCAGAUGUUUCUCCAUCAGUGGAUUUGAUUCUAUCAGUUGGUUUUCAGAUGGUAAUCUACUUGUUUUAAACCUUGUGCUGGAUAAACUUGGUGCAGCCUUAAAGAUAGCAGAGCCUCGAGCUCUGAAUUGUUCCUACAUUAGAGGAAGCGGAUGAGUUUUCUUUGUGUUCUGUUCAGCUGUUGUGAGAAUUUCCACCCCCUCACCAAAAGUCCAAGUUGGAGCUCUGCUCUGCCCACACUUUUUCGGCUCAGAUGGACCUAAAUCCGAGCCUGAAAGUGGAAAUGAAGCCAUGUUUAGGCCGUUCAGUAUUUAUGAGAUGGGAUUAAAAACUCCUAAUUUUGCCAGAUGCAGUUUUUACUUCAGCUUCCAUUUGUUGAGUUAGUAGGUGCUUGUUAAGAAUACUGAGAAAGAUGUGAAAUUAUUGGCAAUACUUUUGCAUGAACUGUGUGAAACUGAAUAGAAACAAUGUUAUUUGAAAGAAAAGAAUAAUUCUCUCUUUGACAUUGAUGUCACACUGAUAACCACAUGAUCAUAAUUUGUCAAAAAGGAAGUAAGAUUGUCAAAGACUGCAUUUUUACCACAGCAAGUACUGGUUUAUAAACAAUUCAAUAAAUGAUACUGUAUAUGGAUAUUUAACUUGA